CGGGCUCUUUCCGCGGAGCCACGCUGCUGCCAAAAGAUGGAGUCCCCCGAGGACGAGGACGCCCCCUCGACCGCCGAACUCCGCGCCGGGCGGCCCGACGUCGCGGAGCCCCGACCCCCGGAGGAGCGGCGGGGGGCCCCGUCCCCCCCGGGGCUGGCCCGGGUCCUCCCGCCCUCCGCCCGCCCGUACAUCUGCGGCGUCUGCGGGGAGAGCCUCAGCCGCCGGUCCGGACCGGUGGUCCGGCAGUCUUCCCACGCGGGCGAGGAGCCCAGCACCUGCCCGGAAUGCGGGAAGGGCUUCCGGCAGACCUCCGCGCUGGCCCGGCACCGGCGGACCCGCACGGGGGAGAAGCCGUACAGGUGCGGCGAGUGCCUCAAGUCGUUCGGCCGGAGCUCCGCUCUCAUCCAGCAUCAGAGGACUCACACGGGGGAGAAGCCCUACAGGUGUCCCGACUGCCCCAAGACCUUCGGCCGCCGAUCCAACCUGGUCCAGCACCGGAGGACGCACACCGGCGAGCGGCCCUACAGGUGCGGGGAGUGCGAGAAGACCUUCGGCCUCAGCUCCACGCUCAUCCAGCACCAGAUCAUCCACACGGGGGAGAGACCCUACCGGUGCGAGGCCUGCGGCAAGGCCUUCAACCGGCCCUCCAACCUGACCAACCACCGGCGCACCCACACCGGGGAGCGGCCCUUCGAGUGCCCCGACUGCGGGAAGAGCUUCUGCGAGAGCUCCACCUUGAUCCAGCACCGGCGGACCCACACGGGCGAGAAGCCCUACCGGUGCGCCGACUGCGGGAAGAGGUUCGGCCUCAGCUCCACCCUGAUCCAGCACCGGAUCACCCACACCGGCGAGCGGCCCCACCGCUGCCCCCGCUGCGGCAAAUCCUUCGGCCUCAGCUCCACCCUCCUCCGCCACCGGCGCACCCACGCCGCCGACAAGCCCCCCGCGCCCGGGGCGGCCGGGGACGGGGGGAGCCGACCCGCCCGGCCGGCCGAGGGGGACCCCGAGACCCUCCCGCUGCGCCGUCUGCGGGCGGGCGUCCUCCCGGCCCGGCCGCCGCCUCCUGGCCCGUCCCGGGGAGCGGGCCCCGGGCUGCUUGGCGUGCGGGGAGGGCCGCGGGCCCGUCCGACGCGGGGCCCGCCCGGCGGCGCGGCCGCCCGCGGGAGGGGGUUGGGGCGGGGCCCCCGCCUCGUGCGGCGCCGGCGGAGGCACGUGGCCGAGGGGCCCGUCGAGCGCGACGACCGCCGCGAGGCCCGCGGCCGGAGCCCCGAGCCCGCCGGCGAGGAGCCCCACCGCGGCGGGGACUGCGGCCGGGCCUUCUCCCGCGGCUCCGCCCUGGUCCUCCACCGCCGCGUCCGCGCCGCGGAGGGGCCCCGCGGCUGCCGCCGGCGCGGGAGGGCCUUCGGCCGGAGCUCGGCCCUCGCCCGGCACCGGCGCAUCCGCCCGGGAGAGAGACCCUACCGCCGCCCGGCCUGCGGGACCGCCUUCCGCCACCUGCUGCGGUUCGCGCGCCACGAGGAGGUCCACGGGCGGGGGGCCGGGGCCGCCGGCGGGCUCCGACCGGCCGUCCCGGGGCGCGGCGGGGGCUCGGGGGGCCGAUCUCCCUAG